AUGUCGCGUCUCUUGGCGUUGGGUCUCGCCGCACUAUGGAGCCUGGCGCACGGCGAUGUGCACGACCUGGGCCUGGAGGAUGAGUGUGCCGAAAAUGAGACCUGCAGCUUGUCCUUACGCCAGCUGCGGGGAGAUCCAAUGUCCACCUUGGAGCUCGACGACUGGGAACGCGAGGACGACACAGAGGCCACCAUGGAGGACAGCAAUGCCACGGCUGGGCCCUACACCUUCUAUGUCUACCGUGCGAAGAAUGACCAGAACUACGGAGACACAAACGUGAACAUGGCAAACUUGGCCGGAGUCCUUUGGUACCUCCACAGCGAGGUGGUGGGCCAUUGCCCUCGCAAGUUCGGCGUCACGCGGAUCCUGAGAUACAAGAUCACCAUGAUGCCAACGCCUGAGUUGGAACACACCAAGAAGGUCUUUGCUCCGUUGUGCCAUUUUGACAGUGGUGCCUGUACUGGCCCCAAGCCGGUCUUGGAUGAUUACCAGAAGUAUGGCUUUGUGGUGGGUUGCGAUAGGCCCAGUUUUCAACAUGCGGCCUACUCCCAAGCCACGUGGUACAGCUUUCCUGGAGCUUGUCCAUCCAAGAGCUUUCAACAAAAGCAAGGCUGUUCAGAGGCUGGAGGCGAAUGCAAGCCGGGCCAAGCCUGGUCCAAGACUUGCACCUGGAGGAAGGAGUUUGCAGGUGAGAUCACCCUGGACCAGCUGACACACAACUAUCACUUCGAAGACCGUUGUAAGAAGGGUUUCGAGGAGUACAACACUGCCACAGAUCGUGGUCAAGGUACCAACUACUGGCACACCCGCAGCAACAAGCGCGUGUGUGACCGACGCAUGUCCUGGGCCCAGCGAGUCUUCCAGUCGAGGUGUGGCGGUCCCCGUCUUCCUGAAGCCCCACAGUGCCCUUAUGGCGACCCAAAACGCUGA